AUGGGAAAUUCAUGUUCAACGACAUGGCCAUUAAAUCUUUGUUUAAAAUCAUCUGAAACAUCAACACAAUCAGAUGAUGAAACUAGUUUAUCAAAAAAUAUGGCUGAAUCAGCCAUUAUUUCUACGACUGCCCAGCAUACAGCUACGGUUAUUUUCUUACAUGGUCUCGGUGAUGUUGGAGGAAGUUGGCAUGAAGUAUUUAAUACGUAUCGUAUUGCAAAAUCUCUUCCACAUGUGAAAUUUAUUUUUCCAACAGCUCCCGUGCAGAAAGUAACAUUGAAUAUGGGAACGUCUAUGACGAGUUGGUUUGAUAUCUUGGGACUUGAUCAACAGGCAAAAGAAGAUCAAGAAGGCAUUGAAAAAUCAUCAAUAUUUUUAAAUCAUCUUGUUGAAGAAGAAAUUAAACGUGGAAUUCCACCUGAACGCAUUAUAGUCGGUGGUUUUUCUAUGGGUGGUGCAAUUGCACUUCAUGCAGCUUUGACAUGUCCUCAUACACUUGCAGGUGUUAUAGCUUUAUCAACAUGGCUUCCUUUAUCAACAACAUUUCCGGAAGCACUUGUAUCAGGUGAUAAAAAAGUUAAUUUACCUAUUCUUCAAUGUCAUGGUGAUCAAGAUUCAUUGGUUCAAUUAAGAUGGGCUCGACUUACUGAACAAGGUAUUAAAGCAAUGGGUUUUAAACAAUAUACAUUUAAAGUAUAUAAUCAUAUGGGACAUUCAUCAUGUGGCCAGGAAAUGAAAGAUGUUUGUUCAUUUAUUAUACAAUAUUUGCCCAAAAUAGCUUAA